AACAUAACUAGCAACAGCAACAUUGGCGGCGGCGGUGGCGACGGCAGCGGCAGCGAUGGGUGUGGGGGCAUUGCUGUUGCUGGUAAUCACAGCCACGAUCACAACAAUGUUGCUGCCAUGCAUGCAACAUACGGUAACGGCGGCAACAACUGCAGCAACAGCCUCAACAGUAUUUGCAAUCAGCAGCAAAUCAGCAACUACAGCAACAACAACAUGAACGUCAGCGGUUUUCUUGGCGCCGGCAGCAGCAGCAGCGAUUAUAUGGCCAAUGCAACAGCAGCUGCUUCUGCUGCAUAUGUGACACCAGCAAUUGCAACAACAACAACAACAUCAAUGCCAGCGUCAGUGAGUACAACAACAAUGCUGUCUAAUUACUGCGAUGCAGCGACUAUGAUGAUGGCCGCUGCCGCUGUCAAUGCAAAUCAGUGCCUGCAACAACACCACCAACGAUUGCUGCUGGCCAGCGGGAACAGCAGCCACAGCCACAGCCAUAGCAGUAACAACAGCAAUAGCGAUGAGCAAUUGGCCACGGCAGCGGUCAUGGCCUCCUCCUCUUCCUCAGCUGGCUCGCUGUCAUCGGCAUCGUCCACACCGACAGCAACGGCCGUCUCGACAGCCCAGCAGCAACAACAACAAUCGUCGCUGCCAUCGCCGCCAAAUUUAAUCGAUAUCAGCGAAGUUCCUCUCAUUGUGGAUGUCAAGUAGUGUAAUUAUUUAUGCAUAUUGAAAAAACCAACAAAAAAAAAACCAACAGAAAAAAUCUCUAAUGAAAAAUGUAAAAAAAAAAAAAACAAAAACAAGAAACGAGAAUCGUGUAGCUUAAUUGUUUUAAAAUCUCCUUUAGUUGUUGUAACUUGUACAUAAACAAUUUUCAACUUUCACCCAGGCGCCCACAACUGACAGCCAAAUGCGGUUUUGUAUUUUGUAGAUACAAAGCUGCUCCCUGGUUAACUGUUGCAAAAGAAAGAAAAAGAUUAAAAUAAAUCCUAAGCGUUUAACGUUUCAAUAUUUUUGAA